AGUUUACAAUGAGAUAUUUUACGAUUUACUAAACAGUAUCUUACUUUUUCACUCUUCAGACAACCGAUUCAUUCGCUUUAAAAUACUUAAUUAGAGAAUACUUUUUAUAAGGAUAUUUACACAUUUUAUAUGAUUGAAUAUUUUCUUCUAUAAUCGACUUUCAAGGAUCUGCUGACGUUAAAAAGACUUGAGCGAUAUUGUAGAGUAAAGUAUACGGCGUCUUCAACAUGUCGUUAUAUGAUGAUAUUGAGCUUCAAGGCGUAGAUAAAGGCUCUGGAAAUAGUUUGCAUAUGCUCCAGUCUCAAUUAGCAGCCAGAAAAGCAGCGGCUUCAACGAAGACCCCAACUACGAGGCGAACGCCAAUAACAGGAUUUCCCAAAGAGCAAGAAAAAGGAAAUGUUCGUUAUAAUCAGCAUACAGGAAUGAUUGAAUCAGUUAGACCACCUUUUCUUGGAACUGAGCUAACACCAAGCUCACUGCUUGGGUCAUUAACUGAUGAAUAUAAUCCCCUUCAACCGAACGAAUAUGAUUCGUUUAAAAAACUUAAAACAAAAGGGAAAGUAGAGGAGGAAAAAAAAAUGCCCGAGUGUGAUGAAGAGGAAGAAGAAGAACGAAAGAGAAGAUUAGCAAAAAAAUCAUUUAUAGCUCCACCUCAAAACCUCAUCGAGCAGGAUAAGCAAGUACUUUCUGAAAGUUUGCCGGCUCCUCCUACCAAAGAUUCAAAGCUUAUAGCUGAAAAAAUUAUGAAUAAAAUGGGAUGGAAUGCCGGGCAAGGUCUAGGAAAAUUGGAGCAAGGAAUGUCAAGAGCUCUAGAAGUCGAAAAAACUUCUCGUAAAGGUGGAAGAAUUAUUCAUGAAAAAGAUCUACCGCCAUCUCCGCCUGAAUUUCCUGAAGGAUAUCCUUCUGUUCUAGGGUUAGGAUUUGCAGCUACGCAACCUUUGGAUAAACCUCCAAUAGAAAAUAUAGGGGAAUUAUUGAAAAAUCCAUCAAAGGUAGUUGUUCUUCGAAAUAUGGUUGGACCAGGAGAAGUUGAUGACGAAUUAGAACCUGAGACUAAAGGAGAGUGUCAAAAGUAUGGUCCAGUUGUUCGCUGUGUUAUAUUUGAAUUACCUGAUGAAAUUGAAGAAAAUGCUGUGAGAAUAUUUGUCGAAUUUGAAAGAGUUGAGAGCGCUACAAAAGCUAUAAUUGAUUUACAUGGACGAUUUUUUGGUGGUCGAGUAGUUAAAGCGAAUUUCUAUGAUAAUGGAAAAUUUGAGAGGUUGGAACUCACUGAUCCAUUACCUUAA